CGCGCCGUCGAUUUGUGCUUUGCGCUGAUCAACGGGACGAAUGUUCGCACGAUGGUCAAGGAACUACUCAGCUAUCUGGACUAUUGUGACGCAGAUUCAAAGGGAGAUGUCUGUUCGAAUUUAGUUUUAGCAACAGAGAAAUAUGCACCCAACAAACGUUGGCAUAUCGAUGCCAUGUUGGCAGUGUUGACUACAGCUGGGAACUACGCACGUGACGAUGUGGUCUCCUCAUUGGUCCAACUGGUUGCACAGAAUUCCGACUUGCACGGUUACGCUACCUUCCAUCUGUACAAUGCACUUUGCGAAGCAAUGACACAACAACCAUUGGUUCAGGUGGCUUCUUGGUCCAUCGGUGAAUAUGGGGAUCUGUUGGUUUCCGGAUCACGUGAUCCGGAAUCGGUCAAACCGCCGCCGACGGAGUCCGAGGUCAUUCAUGUACUCCGAUCUGCGCUUGUUCAUCCUAUGACUUCUGUUCCAAGCAAGCAGAUGGUGUUAAACGCGUUGGUUAAAUUAACCACACGAUUCUCCGCUUCUCAACAGGGUCCCCUGAAUGACCUCAUUCGUUUGUACUCCACUAACACUCAACUGGAGUUACAACAGCGCUCUGUUGAAUACGAUCGUAUUUGUGGUCUGGCCAACCAAAUACGCGCCGGUCUGCUUGACUACAUACCAGUAUCGACACGAACUAGUGUGGAUCAUCCAAUGGGGACGGGUGCAGAUGGACAAGCACAAUCCGGCGGUUCUUUACUCCUUGAAGAGGCUUCAAAUGUGGAUUCAACCAACGGUUUAUUGGUACUCAAUGGUUUGAGUGCAACCGCACCUCCGGCUCGAUCACAACAAGCACAACAGUCUUUGACUAUUUUGGAUUUGCUCGGCCCGGAAACCGACUCAACUUCCUCGACUGGUUGUAGGUUUCUGAAAAGGAUUAAAUCUUUUGAGUUAAUGUGUUCAACUUAG